CUCACAGUGCGAGGGGAAAGAGGGGCAUGAAAGUAGGACAGAGGAGUCUGGCCCCCUUCCCUUCAAACCAGAAGCGCAGAUUUGCAGUAGCGAGAGAGAAGACAUUCGUCCUGGGUGGAGAGAGGGGAAGGACAGCGACGUUUUUUCCCUGAGACUUACCGCGGCCCACCGAGGGGAAAAAGUCUCAGAGUUUCAGAUCAGAAUAUUGAGUCUUACGUACUUUCUGUUGUUGUUAACUGACUAGAAGUCGCACCAACUGGGAAACAUGCACAAACGCACCAAGAUAAAGAUCGCCAUCUUCGUGCUGGUGGUGGGCAUGGCGUGCAUGUUCACAGCGGUGGUAACGGACCACUGGGCAGUGCUGAGCCCACCGGUGGUGAGGUUCAAUGAGACCUGCGAGGCAGCACACUUCGGCCUUUGGAGGCUCUGCAAGAAGCACAUCUACAUCACUGAGCAGAACUACGAGAAAGGGCAUGGCUGCGGACCAAUCAGCCUGCCUGGAGAUGAAAACUGCACUUACUUCAGGCACUUCAAUCCAGGACAAGAUGCAGAGAUAUUUGAAUACAAAACACAAAAAGAGUACAACAUUUCCGCCGCAGCCAUCUCCAUUUUCAGCCUGGCCUUUAUGAUCCUCGGAUCUCUGUGUCUGCUCGGGUCGUGCACUGGCAAAGGAAAAGGAAGGGACUACCUUCUCAAACCCGCCGGAAUGUUCUUCGCGUUCGCAGGCAUCUGCGCUUUCAUCUCGCUGGAGGUGAUGCGUCAGUCGGUGAAACGCAUGAUCGAGAGCGAGGAAACUAUUUGGAUCGCGUACUACUACGCCUGGUCCUUCGCCUGUGCCUGCUCUGGCUUCGUCCUCCUCUUCCUGGCCGGCAUCGCGCUCCUCGUCCUCUCCAUGCCUCAGAUGCCCCGGAACCCCUGGGAGACGUGCAUGGACGCCGAGCCGGAGCAAGUAGAGUGAUGCAGGCUAACCGAACGCAGCGGUGAAUCUCUUUCUUGCAGUUUUCCAGUAAAAAACAAAAAAAAAGGGGGGUAAAAAAAGAGAAACAUGUUGUUGGUGUUUGCGCAUCACAGUCGUCUCUUCGAACAGCAGUUGAAUGGGGCCUUUUGUGAGGAGGUUAAUGUGCUUUCCUGACCCAUAUGCACGUCCGAUGUGAACACAACCGGAAACACAAUUCACAUGCUGUUUUUUUGUUGUUUUUUUUUGUUUUUUACAGACAUCCUGUUUGUUUGUUUUGAUAGAUUAAACCCAUGAAUCAUUCUUAAUGUGACCAUGGUCUUACUCCCAUGUUUUAGACAAAAACGGCCCUUAGGAUUUUCUAUAAGUCUGACGUCACAGUAAUUUGAGAUUCAGCGCCACAUAAUAUACACCUUUACAGGAAGGUUUAUGUACUUUUAAUGGCGUUGCCAUUAAAUUGCUCACCGACAAUGUCAGGCAUCUCAAGGAUUAUUCAAAAAAGCUUUACAGAUAAGAGAAUGAAGGGAAAAAAAGCUGACUCUAAGAAUAAGUUUGUGUGUGUGUCUGUGUGUGUGUGUGUGUGUGUGUGUGUGUGCGUGUGUGUGUGUCAGACUGAAUGCUAAACACUCUCAGUCUGCAGCACCAACCAUGUUGGAAAAGGUUCAGUUUUAGCAGGUGCACUGCGCACACAUACCAGCCUUUUACUGAUCCACAACCCGGACAAAAUGAAGAAAGUUUUAUUUAUACCAAACACGAUUGACCUUCUUAGCAUUCAAAUCUACAAUAAUUAUAUUUAUGUAAUGUCUGCUGGUUUGUUUUUUUGUAAAAAAACCAACAAAAAACCCCCAGCAGAUUAUUUAUAACCUAGAAAAUCAGGAUAUGCAGAAAAAGAAGUGCUGUAAGUGACACUUUGUUCGUUUAUAGGGAUAUUUUGGAUGUUUUGUAGUGUAAAAUAUUAUUAGUAAUAUUGUCCCAAGUGCAGCAGCCAGAUUUCAUCCCACUGUCAGUUUAUGUUAAAUAGGAUAAGUAAACAAAUCGUCAGAGUUGGGAUAAGCUAGCAGCUUGUUAGUCGUACAAACAGCUCGAACUACGUUAGUGUUGUUUUAAAAUGCUAAAAGCUGCUGAAAUAGUGCAACCUUCACCGCUCAGAGGGGUUCUUUACUUUCCUACAAACUCAGUAACCUUACUUCAAAUAACCCAAACUAUCCCUUUAAUUACUCAUCUUCCAGCCAGUUUCCCAAGAAGAAAUUGUUCCGACUUUAAUGUCAAUGCAGAUUAUUCAGUGUUGUUGCCUUUCCGUG